UAUGUUCAGUGCAAAGUAGCACCUUGUGUUAAGGUUUUUCUGAGCAUUUCUGUUCCUGGGGUUCUCUAACAGUUAAAAUUUUACUUUCUGUCAUCUGUCAAGAUUCUUUCAAAGACAUGUUUGUACGUUGUCUAGCAUUUUUGGCAACCGGAUGGGGUGUAAUGCUGGUAAGAGUUAAAGCAUCUACACUCUUUCUUGUUACAGAACUUCUCUUAUUCAUUUCCCUCGACUACUAUCUUUUGCUUUCUCUAAGGUCGCGCAAGCCACGAAGCCAAAUGCAGAGAAAGUUGGAUGGCAGGGGGUUGUUCUGUUUGCACCAAAAGCCAUUCUUGCAAGGAGGCCUUCAACCGGCACUUGCAGUCAACCAAUUCUUUCUGGGAAAAGGAUCAGAUGAUAUUUUGCUUCUCAUAAGUUAUAGCCUGUUUAUAACAAAUUUUCAGUCAGGAAUGUAAACCCAAAAAACCAAGAAAUCUGUAAAAUAUAUAUAUAUAUAGUGUAUAGCUGAACUUCCCAUGCCAAUGUAUAUAUAAAUACAAGACUUACAGAGAAUAUGGAAGUUCGCAUGAUUUUCUUGGUUCCCUUCUCAGAAAUCUGAUGAUUCUGGGACUUAGAAUAAAUUAAACGAUACCCUAUGUAUUUUCCUAAUCCUCCAAUCCGAGCCCCCAUUCUUGUGUUUUGACCUACCAAAACUAUGAUUUCACGUUCACUUUUUGCCAGUUCUUUGAAGCUUCAUCAAUUUAUCUUUCUAAAACCAACUGUUCAUCUUCUUUCUUCUUUCUCUUCAUCGGCCCAUCAAGAUUCUCACAAUCUCUAUAAACUCAACCACAAAGACUGGCUAUCACCAAACGAAGUCUUGGAAAUUUUCUCUAGUCUCAAGGAACCCACCUCCAUAAUCUCAGUCCUAAACCAGUACUCUCAGAGAAGAGACUACAAACCCAAUGAAGCUCUCUUCACUCUCGUCAUCAACCAACUCGCUCAAGCCAAAAGUUUUGAUGCUAUUGAACAGAUAAUGCAAAGAAUCAAACAUGAACGCAGCUGUCGUUUAUCCGAGGAGUUUUUCUACAAUGUCAUCAAGAUUUAUGGGAAUCAAGCUGGGAGAAUAAGGAAAGCUAUUGACACUCUUUUUGACAUGCCAAAUGGGUAUAAAUGUUGGCCGAGUGUUAAAACCUUUAAUUUUGUGUUGAAUUUGCUUGUUGCAAACAAACUGUUUGAUGAAAUUCAUGAAAUUUAUUUGAGUGCAAAUAAGCUUGGUGUUGAGAUUGAUGAAUGCUGUCUUAAUAUUCUUGUAAAAGGGUUGUGUGAAAAUGGCAAUUUGGAGGCCGCCUUUUAUGUGCUCGAUGAAUUUCCUAAGCAAAAUUGUAGGCCAAAUGUGAGGACGUUUUCAACUUUGAUGCAUGGUUUGUGUGGAAAGGGGAAGCUUGAGGAGGCAUUUGGGUUGCUUGAAAGAAUGGAAAGAGAGGGAAUUGAUGCGGAUACAAUCACGUUUAAUAUAUUGAUUUCAGGCCUUAGGAAGCAGGGCAAGGUUGAAGAGGGGAUGAAGCUUUUGGAGAGGAUGAAGGUUAAGGGGUGUUAUCCAAAUGCAGGCUCUUAUCAAGAGGUUUUGUAUGGAUUGCUUGAUCAGGAGAGGUUUGUGGAGGCCAAAAAAUUUGUGAGUCAGAUGAUUAAUGCGCAUAUGAGUCCUAGUUUUGUUUCAUACAAGAGGCUGAUUCAUGGACUUUGCAGUGAGAAGUUAUUGGAGGAUGUGGAUUCGGUUUUAAAGCAGAUGGUGCAACAAGGUUUUGUUCCAAGAAUGGGGAUGUGGAGGGCGAUUAUUCGAUGUGUUUUGUCAGAUAAUAAUGCUUGUAAGAAUAUUUGUAUUGAUGAAAUUUUUGCUAGUUAGGUGAUUGAGUUGAGUGGAAAGUUACGUCCGUUGCUUUCCAUUGUCCUUGAAAGUGGACAGGAAAUGUUGUUGAUAGGGAAUGAGUUUUUGUAUGCUGUAACAGGUUUGAAACUUGUCAACUGGAUUGGACUAUAUUAGAAUGCAGAAGAUGCUCCAGUUUCAAUCUUUAAGUUUA